AUGGAAAUAAGACUCAAACCAUUUGAACUACUCGAUGUCGACGAAGUGUUCACACCAGGAAUUAAAGAACUAAAGGUACUCAUCGAGCUGACGGUAGUCGUGACACUUGUGGUAAUAAUCGAGGUAGCUGAUGAGCUUGACGGAAAAUUCAAACUUGAACUCGGUGUGCUGCUCUGUGUGAGGUUUGACCGGGAAGAAGAUGACAGCGGUAACGAAAUUUCAGUUGUAUUCAUAGUGUAUGCUGGUGGUAGCGUUACGCUCGAUGAAGAGCCAGUUGGACUGAGCGGCGAAGUGAAUGCCACAGACGUGAUACUUGCCAAGGAUUCAGUUAAGGAACUCUGCAGUCCACUGGGCGAGCUUGAGCCCGAAAUUGGUGGGCUCGAGGUGUCCGACAGCGAUACGAAAGAGGAGGGGGAUACUCUGCUGGGGAUCAAUGAGGUUGCGAGUGAAGAAGAACUUGUGGAAGGAACCCCGGUUGGCGAAGUAGACUGA